GCAUAAAAGGGCGCCGGCUCGCCGCGCCGCGCUGGGAAGCCGCGCCGCCUCGCCCCCGGCCCCGGGAAGGGCAUGGCCCCGGCGGACCCCCGGCGGUGACGCGCGCGCCCCGGCCCCGCGGAUGCUCUGGGCGCAGCGCUCCCGUGCGCCGCGGCUUCCGAAGGACAGGUGUCCUGGGAUGACCCACCCCGACAAGAUGCCAACGCGGGCGCAGUGGCGAGCACUCUCCGUGGUGCUGAUUCUGCUGUGGGGACAUCCGUGCGCCGCGCUGGCCUGUCCGUAUCCUUGCGCCUGCUAUGUUCCCAGCGAGGUCCACUGCACGUUUCGCUCCUUGGCUUCCGUGCCCGCUGGGAUUUCUAAACAUGUGGAAAGAAUCAAUCUGGGGUUCAAUAGCAUCCAGGCUUUGUCGGAAAGCUCGUUUGCGGGACUGACCAAGUUGGAGCUGCUUAUGAUUCACGGCAAUGACAUUCCCAGCAUCCCCGACGGGGCUUUGAGAGACCUCAUUUCUCUCCAGGUUUUCAAGUUCAGCUACAAUAAGCUUCGAGUGAUCACAGGAGAGACCGUGCGGGGGCUCUGGAACCUCAUAAGGCUACACAUGGACCACAACAAGAUCGAGUUUAUCCACCCACAAGCGUUCAGCGGCUUGACGUCCCUAAGGCUACUCCACUUAGAGGGAAACAUGCUUCACCAGCUGCACCCCGCCACGUUCUCCACGUUCACGUUUCUGGAUUAUUUCAGACUCUCCACCGUGAGACACCUCUACUUAGCCGAGAACAUGAUUACAACCCUUCCCCCCGGCGUGCUUCAGAGCAUGCCGCUUCUGGAGAACCUUUACCUGCACGGGAAUCCGUGGUCCUGUGGUUGUGACAUGAAGUGGUUUCUGGAAUGGGAUGCAAAGUCGAGAGGGAUUCUGAAAUGUAAGAAGGACAAGGCCUACGAAGGGGGUCAGCUGUGCUCCACGUGCUUCAGUCCUAGGAAGCUGCACAAACAAGAGAUUCAGAGGCUGCAGGACAUCGCCUGUGAGAAGCCUUCUAUCGAGUCCCCUCUGAGACAGAACGGGAGCGGGAGUAGCGAGGAAAAUCAGAGUCAAGAGCAGGACGGCGACAGCCCGUCCUCCCUGCAGGGCUUCCAGUAUCCUGUAUGGAACGUCUCUCUGAAUAUGAGCGACGAACACGGGAACACAGUGAACUUGGUCUGUGACAUCAAGAAGCCCGUGGACGUGUACCAGCUACACUUGAACCAGACAGACCCUCAAGAGAUAGAGAUAAACGCCACGGUCGCCUUGGAUUUCGAGUGUCCGAUGACGCGAGAAAACUAUGAGAAACUCUGGAAGCUGAUUGCCUAUUACAGCGAGGUCCCUGUGACGCUACACCGGGAGCUCACGCUCAGCAAAGACCCCAGACUCGGCUACCAGUACAGGCAAGACGCCGACGACGAGACCCUCUACUACACGGGCGUCAGAGCCCACAUCCUGGCAGAGCCAGAGUGGGUUACGCAGCCGUCCAUACACCUCCAGCUCAACCGGCGUCAGAGCACGGCCCAAACAGUGCUGCUGUCCUAUUCCUCUCAACAUGCUGUCACCGUGUCCGCCAAAGACGCGAGGCCGUCUCGGAGCAGAAGCUGGGUAAUGAUUGAGCCUAGCAGAGCGGUGCAGAGAGCCCAGACCGUCUUGGAAGGGAGUCCAUGCCAGCUGAGCUGCAACGUGAAGGCUUCUGAGAGCCCGUCCAUCUCCUGGGUGCUCCCAGAUGGCUCUGUCCUGAAGGCACCCAUGGAAGACGAGGACGGGAGAUUCUCCAUCCUCACCAGCGGCUGGCUGAAGAUCAAAUCCACGGAGCAGUCAGACGCUGGUUUGUACCAGUGCAUUGCGCAGGUGAGGGAUGAAAUGGAUCGAAUGGUCUAUAGGGUCUUUGUGCAACCACCUGUCACUCAGCCCCCUGACGGACAUACCGUGACCAUUCAGAAGAGCCCGGGGGAGCCGGUGACGCUGCCUUGUAGUGCUCUGGCCAUACCUGAAGCCGAGAUCAGCUGGAUCCUUCCAAACAGAAGGAUAAUUAACGCUAUGGCUAACACGUCACACACAUACAUGUUGGCCGAUGGAACUCUUUACAUCCCAAAGGUCCAAGGAAGCGACAGUGGUUACUACAGAUGCGUGGCUGUCAACCAGCAAGGGGCAGAUCAUUUUACGGUGGGGAUCAUGGUGAGUAAGAAGGGAUCUGCCAGGUCAUCGAAAAGAGGCAGACGCCCAGGUGGGAAGACCCUUUCCAGAGGAAGAGGAGAUGUGGUGGAGGAUGAAGGGGGAUCUGGCCUAGGAGAUGAAGGUAACACCAUGAGGAGAGUUCUCCAUCCAAAGGACCAAGAGAUGUUCAUCAAAGCAAAGCACGAUGCCAUCGCUGGAGGUCAGAAAACCAAGAAAGGGCGCAGAAAACUGAAACACUGGAAGACUUCCGAAAAGGAACCAGACACAAACAUCGCAGAAGGUCGCAGAGUGUUUGAGUCCAGACGAAGGAUAAACGUGGCAAACAAACAGAUCAGUCCAGAGCAGUGGGCAGAUAUUCUCGCCAGAGUGCGUGGGAGAAAUCUCCCUAAGGGAACAGAAGUACCCCAGGUCGUUAGAACCAGCACUCCUCCAUCGGAGAGUCUAGAAGUGACACCCCUUUUGCCUGCAGCUGCUCCCCGCUCAGUAUCACCUGUGCAGACCACAACCAGUGCAGAAGAGUCCUCAGGAGAUGUCUCUUUAUUUGGCAAGGAAGAGCAGGUUUCCGGCACUGUUUCUUCCACCAGGAUGGCUCUGGUCCAGUCUGGCCACGACGGAGUGAUUCUUGCUGACCCCAAAGUGACAAGCGCAUACCUGGAAGAACUGAUUGAUGAAGAGUUUUCUGAGAAGACCAAGCCUGCAGCUCCCACUGCAGUUGACUCGAAUUGGGCUACGGCCACGACACCGCUACCUGUGCCUUACGAAUCUUCUACUCUACAGACCCUGGAUAUGGUCCGCGAAGAGCCCACUGACAGAAACAUGGCCACAGAGGGCUGGUCUACACUAGACGCUGGGUCCAUGCCAGGGGCUCCGUCCAGUGAGUAUGAGUCGCCACUGGAUGCCAUCUCCCUGGCAGAGUCCGAGACCCUGUCAUACUUUUACCAAGAUCUGGAGACAAAUUCACAACCAGGUGAAAGCACGACGAAAGAACAGACCUCCGCACACGUUACUCCAGUGCCUGCCUCGUGGGUUGCUGACACCAGGACCUCUGAGCCAUUUGAAGAUCCCGUUUUAGGGGACCCCGACGUCCCAGCACAAACAGGUCUGCAAGAGCAAACAGAGAGCCCCGAGCUUGUGGAAAGUGGUUUAAGCACUCAGGGCCACCCACGGAUUCCCAAGGGCACAGAGGAGAAUUCUCAGACACUGCAGGAAGGAGGUCUGCGAGAGAGAGACCCCAAACGCUCCAGAAUUCCUGAGAGUAAGAGGCAAGGCAUCGAAUCCACCACUCUGCUGGCCUCAGCCCUGGAAGCCAUGACGAGCAUCACUGCCGUGAAGCACCCCAAGGGAACCACGCUUGGCGUUCUGCUCGACAGGGACACCAGCACGGUAGCCAUGAUGAGGCCAGCCCCAAAGGCCACGUCCCCGUCAGCGCUGACCACUCAUCCUUCCCGAAGGAGACCCAGCGGGAGGAGGCGAUUGCGCCCCCACCGAUUCCGGCACCGGCAUAAACAAACCCCGCCCACGACGUUCGCCCCAGCGGCCACUUUUUUGGCACCACUGACUCAGGCACCCAAAGUGAAGACUCCAGGCCAAGCGGAAAGCUUGCUGGUUCCUACAUCUUGGGUUGACAGCACCGUUGGUACCCCAAAACUGAUGGACGUGGAGAAGCAUGCAGAACUGGCAUCCAGGGGCGCCCCACGCAGGAAACAUGGGAAGAGGCCAAAGAAACAGCGAUACCUCACCUCUACCAUGAGCUCUAUAGCGUCUGUGUCCAAGCCCAGCCCUUCCCCAGAAAAUAAACAUACAAACACUGUUACCCCCAGUUCAGAAGUUGUACUUUCACCCACCACCGUUUCUCUCACAACUGGAGACCCACGUGAGAUAACCAGAGUGGAAGAUGACAGGACAGCCGCCACCGAAGCACAUUUAUCUCAUGAUAAAUUCCAAGAGACAAUUCCAGUCACAGACGAGCCUGUAUCGGACGGAAAGGAAAUUAAGAAUUACGAUGUCACAAACAUCAAGGACUCUAAAACCGACGGUCUGGUCCCUGGCGAGUCAGUCACUCAUGUGGCCUCACCUUCUGGGGCCGAGGUCUCCAGUGUGGGAGUGUUUAAGGAGGCAGCCCCUCCUUCUGGCUUUCCGGGAAGUGCAAGGUGGACUCCUCCAAGGGCAGCCCAGCCUGAGCGGCUGCAGACAGACCCACCUGUUACCAGCUCUUCAGAAGCUCUUACAGACUCACCCUUUUUAAAAGAGUCGGAGGACCUAGGUUUUCCUUCUGAGUUUUCACCUUCUGCCACAGUCUCUAUGCUCUCGCAACAGGAAGAAGCGGUCCCUUCAACUGCUCUCGCCAUCCUAAAAGUAGAGGCAUCUUCAAGUCAGGUGGAAACCACCAUCAGUGGUCAGAGUCAUCGUGAAACCACUCCAGCCACUCUCCGUUCUGAAAUUAGACACCGGAAUGAAGUCUCCACACGUGCCCUGGUUGGGGGACCAGCAACCCCACUCCCACCCACAACUCGUGUGUCUCUGGCUGAAACCACCGCAAAGCCCACACCUCUUACGUCAGAAACACUGCCAACGUCAGACGCUUCCAAACAAAACGUUUUCUUCCAUUAUGCUGGGGGGACCCCAGCCACCGGAACACCUUCAGUGAAUAACGAAGGAACUCAGCAUGGAUCGAAGCCAAACGAAUUAUCCACUCCCUCUUCCCACCAGGACAAGUUUACCUUCACUCCAAAGCAGGAGUUGCGAAAGGAAGCCUUGGACGGUACGACCAAAAACAGCCUUCCAGGGCGUCCAAAUGCUCACCACGAGGCUGGGAGGGUCCAAGGUUUCCAGCAACCAGCCAGAGUCGCUGCCACAGCGGUCCCCCAGAGAGGAACCGUGAGGCGGCCACACACGGCCACAGAAAGCUCCUUUAGAUACGUGGUCACUCGCCAGCCCCACCUGACCAGCAGACUGGAGAUCACUGCAUAUCCGUCGAGGGGUCCGCCGGAGAAUAAGCACUUUACAGCUCCAGUAUUACCAAGUUCAACAACUCCUGUGGUUCCGUUGCCGAGGUCCAAUCCUAGCAUUCCUAGUAAGUCGACUGACCGGGGAACUGACCCAUUCAACGGCAGCCCCACAUCGUUUGGAGACAACAGCAUCCCUGACUCAAGAGACCCAGCUGGCAAGCUUCCGGAUUCCAGAGUCCCGUAUUAUCCCGAUGGAAGAGUCCCUUUCUUUUUCAACAGGACCCUCUCUUUUCCACAGUUGACAGUUACUCCGAAGCCUCAGGUCCCCACCUCUCCUGCCCCAGGGACGAGAGGGAGAAAAGUCAACCCGGGUCCCUACAACAGGAUACAUUCUCAGAGCGUCACCCAUGUGGACUUUGGUCCCCCAGCACCUCCUGUACUGCACCUUCCCCGGACCGUGACACCACCCUCAACAAACUUAAGAAACAUCCCUCUGGUCUACUCCACCCGGAGCUCCAUCCCUUUCAUGACAUCUUCUGCCCAGCCUUCCAGAAGCUUCCAUCAGAGCAGCUCAAAGCUCUUCUCUUCCAGAGGACCACCUGCAUCCAAAUUCUGGACGUUCGGGGAAAAGCCCCAGAUUGUCACCAAAUCCCCCCAGACCGUGUCCGUCACUGCCGAGACAGAUGUCAUGUUCCCGUGUGAGGCUAUGGGGAAACCCAAGCCUUUCGUGACUUGGACAAAGCCGUCCACAGGGGCUCUCAUGACCCCCAACACCAGAGUGCAGCGGUUUGAAGUCCUGAAGAACGGCACGUUCGUCAUCAGAAACGUACAGGUGCAGGACCGCGGCCAGUACCUGUGCACGGCCACAAACCUGCACGGAGCAGACAGGAUGCUGGUCCUGCUGUCGGUCACGGUGCAGCAGCCCCAGAUCCUAGCCGCCCACUACAAGGAUGUCACCGUCUACCUGGGCGACACCAUCGCCAUGGAGUGCCUGGCCAAGGGGACCCCGGCUCCCCAGAUCUCCUGGAUCUUCCCCGACAGGAGGGUGUGGCAGACCGUCUCCCCCGUCGAGGGCAGGAUCACGCUGCACGAAAACCGGACCCUGUCCAUCAAGGAGGCGUCCUUCUCAGACAGGGGCGUGUACAAGUGCGUGGCCAGCAACGCCGCCGGCGCGGACAGCCUCGCCAUCCGCCUGCACGUGGCGGCCCUCCCACCCGUCAUCCACCAGGAGGAGCUGGAGAACAUCUCGCUGCCCCCUGGCCUCAGCAUUCACAUCCACUGCACCGCCAAGGCCGCGCCCCUGCCCAGCGUGCGCUGGGCGCUGGGGGACGGGACGCAGAUCCGCCCUUCGCAGUUCAUCCACGACAACCUCUUCGUCUUCCCCAACGGGACCCUCUACAUCCGCAACCUGGCACCCAAGGACAGCGGACGCUACGAGUGCGUGGCCGCCAACCUGGUGGGCUCGGCGCGCAGGACCGUGCAGCUCACCGUGCAGCGCGCCGCCGCCAACGCGCGCAUCACGGGCACCUCCCCGCAGAGGACCGACGUCCGCUACGGGGGGACCCUCCGGCUGGACUGCAGCGCCUCCGGAGACCCCUGGCCGCGCAUCCUCUGGAGGCUGCCGUCCAAGAGGAUGAUAGACGCGCUCUUCAGCUUUGACACCAGGAUCAAGGCGUUUGCCAACGGGACCCUGGUGGUGAAAUCCGUCACGGACAAAGAUGCGGGGGAUUACCUGUGCGUCGCCCGGAAUAAGGUGGGCGAUGACUUCGUCAUGCUUAAGGUCAACGUGGUCAUGAAAGCAGCCAAGAUCCAGCACAAGGAGGAGAACGACCACAGGGUCUUCUAUGGGGGCGACCUCAAAGUGGACUGCAUGGCCACCGGGCUCCCCAACCCCGAGAUCUCCUGGGGCCUCCCGGACGGCAGCCUGGUCAACUCUUUCAUGCAGUCCGACGACAGCGGUGGACGGACCAAGCGCUACGUCGUUUUCAACAACGGAACCCUCUACUUCAACGAGGUCGGGUUGCGAGAGGAAGGUGACUAUACCUGCUUUGCCGAAAAUCAGGUUGGCAAGGAUGAGAUGAGGGUGCGCGUCAAGGUGGUGACCGAGCCCGCCGUCAUCCGGAAUAAGACGUACUCCGUGGUCCAGGUCCCCUACGGGGACGUGGUCACCGUGGCUUGUGAGGCCAAAGGGGAACCCACGCCCAGGGUGACCUGGCUUUCUCCAACCAGCAGGCAGAUCCCCACCUCCUCCGACAAGUACCAGAUAUAUCAGGACGGCACUCUCCUUAUCCAGAAAGCCCAGCGCUCGGACAGCGGCAACUACACCUGCGUGGUCAGGAACAGCGCCGGGGAGGACAGGAAGACGGUCUGGAUUCACGUCAACGUCCAGUCGCCCAAGAUCAACGGGCACCCCAAUGCUAUCACCACGGUGCGGGAGAUUGCCCCAGGAGGGAGUCGCAAACUCAUCGACUGCAAGGCAGAAGGCAUCCCCACGCCGAGAGUGCUGUGGGCCUUUCCCGAGGGCGUGGUCCUGCCGGCCCCUUACUAUGGCAACCGCAUCACCAUCCAUCGCAAUGGUACCCUGGACAUCAAGAGUCUGAGGAAGAGCGACUCUGUCCAGCUGGCGUGCAUUGGGCGUAACGAGGGCGGGGAAGCCAGACUCAUCGUGCAACUUACGGUCUUGGAGCCCGUGGAGAAGCCCAUCUUCCACGACCCGGUCAGCGAGAAGAUCACCGCCAUGGCCGGCCACACCAUCAGUCUCAACUGCUCGGCAGCCGGGACCCCGACGCCCACCCUGCUGUGGGUCCUUCCCAACGGGACGGAGCUGCAGAGUGGCCACCAGCUGCAGAGGUUCUACCACAAGGGCGACGGGAUGCUCCACAUCAGCGGCCUUUCCUCCGUGGACGCCGGGGCGUACCGCUGCGUGGCCAGGAACUCGGCGGGCUACACGGAGAGGCUGGUGUCUCUGAAGGUGGGGCUGAAACCCGAAACGAGCAACCAGUACCACAACCUGGUCAGCAUCAUCAACGGGGAGACCCUGCAGCUGCCCUGCAUCCUCCCGGGGGCCCGGCAGACCCACUCCUCCUGGACGCUGCCCAACGGCAUGGUGUUGGAGGGUCCCCAGGUCCGAGGACGCUUCACCCUUUGGGAAAACGGUACCCUCACCGUGCGCGACGCGUCCGUCUUCGACAGGGGCACCUACGUGUGCAAGGCGGACACGGAGUACGGACCCUCCGUCGUGAACGUCCCGGUGAUCGUGAUUGCCUAUCCUCCCCGGAUCACCAGUGAACCCACACCUGUCAUCUACACCCGGCCCGGGAGCACCGUGAAGAUGAACUGCUUGGCCGUGGGCAUUCCCAAAGCCGAGAUAAGCUGGGAGCUGCCGGACAAAUCGCACCUGACCGCGGGGACGCAGCCCCGUCUCUACGGGAACAGGUUUCUUCACCCACAGGGGUCGUUAAUCAUCCAACAGGCCACCCAGAGGGACGCGGGCUUCUACAAGUGCACCGCCAAAAACCUCCUGGGCCGUGACUCAAAAACAACCUACGUCCACGUCUACUGAAACCCCGGGAGCACACCCUGGACUCCACGGCCGCUGCUUCCGAAGUUAGAACGAAGCCUCCUUUGGGUUCACAGCGGGGGCCGGAGAGUCAGGGCUCUAAAAGGAUUUGUCCCGGGACACGGUGGCCCCCUCCGGCUUGGGUUCGAGGCCCACUGUCGACCUUGACCUGUGCUCGUUGACGAAAGGAAGCAAUGCAGACACGGGAAGUGGGUGUCGGCCUCUCUGGGGGACUUCCUUUCAUGUUUACAGGAUGCUGUAUGCUCUUGCCUUCCGUUUCACAGGACUUGGGCGCAAAUUACAAAUUCUGCGUUGCUGGUACCAUCCUGAUGCUUGAACGGGCGUCUGUAGGAUAUCUAAGGAGCCUUCACUGCAGAGAAGCUGUCGAGGUUCACAGUGCCUUGCUACCCCCGCGGAAGAUGCAUUCCCUAGUUAACCCGCUGCCGUUUUAACAUGAUAGAACGUUCUAGAAUGAGUAUCCGUCUUUCCGUUACUCCUUCUGUCACUUCAGAACUCCAGUGUGCCCGACAAGGGCUGAGAACCAGAGGGAUUGUUUGUUUGUGUCUCACGUACAAGUGUCCUACAGUACAGCUCCCAUUUUAUAGGAAAGGACGCUUUCUCCCUGGAACUCACUUUUUAUAUAGUGUUUUAUAUAUAUAUAUAUUUUUUUUCUUUCUAAUCAGACGAUGAGAGUAGAAAGAGAAAGACAUACUUUCUGUCUCAUUAAAAAUAAUAAAUUAUUGGUCUUUACAAGGUUUGUAUACAUUAGACCAGGCACGGAAAUGCAAUUAAAACCAGUUUCCUUCCCGACUUCCUUCGAAUUCAUAAACCACUGUUAUAUUACCUUUCCCAGCGACCCUCCGGUAGGGGAUGCUGAGAUAUUGGAUUUCCCUGUUGAUAAUAAAAUUUAUCCGGAGAGAGCCGUGCGGGACCGGGGAGACGACAGGAGAGGGAGGACAGAGCGAAGUUGUGACCGCACGGAAUAAACCCAGAGCCUUCCAGAGGAGCCCAGAAAUAUCUUUCCUCCUGUCAAUUUGUGUCCUCGAAAAAUAGAUCUGUUACUUCCACGACUGCUUUGCUGUAUUUUUAAGGUCAAAAUAAUGUACAUUGGAUAAUAAAAUAAUAUUUUCCAAAGAA